AUCUAACCGGAGGCUCGCAAAUUCAUCAUUUUUUUGCCCAUAUCUUCAUGUUCCCUCCACCAAUCGCCAAACCGCCACCACCAACCUCCUCCCUUUCCUCCGACGACCCCCUGCCUCCAUUACCCAGUCAAUUUUCAACUGAUUACCCUCGUUGGCGGCGGCCUCCGGCAGACCUCCUACGGAACUCUGGUGUCGUUUUCUGGUCGUUCUGUGUUCGUGAGUCGCUCUUCACACCCCGUCCUCCCAAUUCCACUUCUCCUACUUGAGGACAAUGGUUUGCUGCCACCAAUUCUUGGAAAAUCUGCAUCAAACAGAGUACAAUGCGUAGUUUCAUUUGGUCCGCGAAGGGGCGAUUCAGCAGUACUAUUACCAGAACAUUAAUGCCCUCCGCCCAGUCAACUGCCAUGCUUCCAUCCUCACCAC